AUGUACCACGUUAGCACGGAGGGCAUUCCGCGCGCUUUCCCGGAGCUGAAGAUUUCACGGAUCGGGUCAGGAAACCACACUCAGCCUUGUGAUGUCCGGCUUCCCCACAGUAUAGACACAGCUGGAAACGGAUGCGGCGUUGAUGUUUCACUGCAGACAACCUGGACCUCUGGAGAUGGCGAAGUUUUCCCGGAGCAGGGAGUAGAGACGGGAAGCUGUACCACAGGAGAGCAUUCUUAUGAUGCUGAAUUAUUUCUAAAUGUUCCUCUUCUGUAUCUAGGGCCUGCGCUGAGGAUGGUUCUGCUGGGGAAGAACAGCUCAGAGAUCAGCAGAGUGGAGAACUUCAUCCUGUGCAGAGAUGCAUUUAAUACUGAAGCUCCUCCUCCUUCAGUAAAGCAGCACAGUAAGAGAUCUGGAGGAUCGGUGGAGGGACGAAACAUCACCCUCAUCAACACACCUCACCUGUUUGAUCCUCAGCUCUCUGCAGAGGAGCUGAAUAAGAGAGUGAGAGAGUGCAUGACUCUGUGUUCUCCUGGACCUCAUGUUCUAAUGCUGGUUCUACAUCCAGAUGAUUUCACAGAGACAGACAGACACAGACUGAAUUAUAUCUUACUUUAUCUGUCUGAGGAGCCUCGUGAACACAUCCUGGUGGUGACAACACAAACACUGCAAUCAGGCUCCAGAGAACAAGAGCAAGCUGAAGAAAUCAUCUCUCAUAACAUCAUCACUGAAUGGAGUAAAAAGUACUUCAAGUUUAACAGAAACAGCAAAGCUUGUGCUCUAAUAGAAAUGUUGGAGACAAUGGUCAUAGAGAAUGAAUGGAGUUACCUUCAGUGGGAGGAAUACGAGGCUCCAACUGCAAGCCAACAAUAUGAACAAACAACAGCACAGAAAGAGUCUGAAAAAACAGAGAAGUGUCAGAAAACCCCUUCAGUAAACAAUGAAGAGAAAUCCAUGAAAUCAUGUAAGUACAGUUUUUGAAAAACUUAAAUAGACUGACAUCAUAAAUAACUCAUUUAGUAUACUGAAAAAAAUAUGGAACCACAUUUUUUCCAAUGUUUUUCUUGCUUUUUUUAC